AUGGAGCGCUCAGUGGACGUUGCCUACAGACUGCAGCAGCAGCAGCAGCAGCAGCAGCAGCAGCAGCAGCAGCAGAAAGAGAAGAAAAAGAACCUUCAAGCAUCUCGUAUCUGGGGACGCACAGUGGUAGCAGCAGCAGCAGCAACAAGAGUAGCUGCAGCAGCAGCAGCAGCAGCAGCAACAGCAGCAGCAGAAAUUGCUGCUGCUGCGAAUGGGUUUGGCUUGGGUCUUAUAGGGAACCCCUUGCGUGCCUUGAAGGCAUUGCGGGAACUGCUGCUGCAGCUGCAGCAGCAGCAGCUGCAGCAGCAGCAACAAAACACAUGUGUUUAUCCGUUUAACAAAAGGGAUGGAGAUAUGGGGGGCCUGUUGUAUGGUCCCAGCAAUGUCGCCGAUAGCAGCAGCAGCAGCAGCAGCAGCAGCAGCAGCAACAGCAGCAGCUAG